CAGCAUGGAUCCUACUGAGAACAGCCAGAGCUUCAAUUUUCCUGACAGCACUCGGUCCCAUGGGAAGGCAAGGGGCCUGGAGGGUGCCCAGGUCCCCAUAGCUGAGGUGGGGGAGGCAGAGGCCAAUGCCACCACCUCAGGGGCUGCGUCUGUUGGAAGAACGCUCAGUUCUCUCCAGAGUGCUCAGAGAGCUUCCUCUCCUCCCACUGCCAUGGGCUCCAUUGCAGGGGCACCAUCUGCUGAGGCCUCUCUCAACCAAGCUAACGAAGUGGCUCACCCCGAGUCCCGUUCCCCCCCCACCCCCCCGCAGGAUGCACUCAAUAGAAAGGUAGUUGAUUUGGUUCUCUUCCUGCUCCUCAAGUACAGGAGGAAGCAACUGACAACUAGGGCAGAAAUUCUGCAUAUGGUCGUCAGAGAUUAUGAGGCACAGUACCCUGUGAUCUUUACUAAGGCCUCUGACUGCCUGAGACUGAUGUUUGGCCUUGACAUAAUAGAAAGGAACCCCCGUAUCCACUCCUACUCUCUUGUCCAUGCUCUAGGGAUCACCUAUGAUGGGAUGCAGCACGGUUUCCCAGGCAUACCCAAAACAGGCCUGGUAAUAGUCAUGCUGUGCAUCAUCUUCAUAAAGGACAACUGUGUCAGUGAGGAGGUGUUGUGGCGUAUAUUGAGUAACAUGGGGCUCUAUGCCGGGAGGGAGCAUUUCAUAUACAAGGAGCCAAGGAGACUCAUCACUGAGCAUUUUGUGCAGGAAGGGUACCUGGAGUACAGGCAGGUGCCAGACAGCGAUCCUCCAAGUCAUGAGUUCUUGUGGGGCCCAAGGGCUCAUGCUGAAACCACCAAGAUGAAAGUUCUGAGGUUUUUUGCCAGCGUUGUUAAGCAGGAUCCCAGAUCCUACCCCUUCAGUCAUGCAGAGGCCUUGAGAGAUGAGAUAGAGAGAAUGUAGGCCAGAGUUGCCCAACAAAUAAUACCACUGCCCUGACCACCACACAUUCUAGUUCACUGGCAGUUUUCAGCCAACAUCAGGUCAGGCAGAGUCAGAGAUCUAAGGAGUGUACCCUCAUUGGAGUGCUGGUGGGAGGAGGGUGUGAACCAUUUUCUUCCUGUUCUCACUGGGUGACUUGGGCAUUCUUGGUAUUUCAAAAUGUUGAUACUUUUACUGCAAGGUUCAUUAGCUGGAGAUGUUUUCAGUUUAUAAAUGUAAUUUGUAAUGGACCUAUUGUUGUUGAUCCACUUUAGGAGAAUUUUAUCAUUUUGUAAACAGUUGAGAAUGACAUAUCUUAUUUGUGAUAUGUCUCAAGAUAC